CCUCUCCUCUCCUCCAGGACGCGCGACGUACUAAGCGAACAGCUGAUGUCGAUUUCCUUGCAGUGGCCCAGCCAACUUAGGGCCUUGGCCAACCUACUCGUUUGGCGGAAAAGGAAACGAAACUCCACACCGCUCGAUAAUCCAGGGCCGUCGCCGACUCCUGAAGUGUGAAUGCCGACGCGAACAGCUGCGUGUAUUGGCGUGUUGGUAGUGCAGACAUCACACGCAUGCCGUGCAUUAAACAGAUUAGCGCUAAUCGCCGCGUUAUGUCGCCGCUAGAGCAAGGUCGAAUCCGUUUGCCGGAAUGAUAAGAUUGUUUCGAGCGACUGGAGAGGCCGUAUCGAAUUUCAAGAGCUCAGAAAGCAACCGACUGCGUCUCUGCUUAAAGUCCGCGACCGCGUGCACCUGUGACAGUAUUAGCGAUGGGGGAUUCGACGCAAUCUUACUUCGUGGGUAUUGAUGUAGGCACGGGAAGCGUAAGAGCGGCUCUAGUUGACAAGCAAGGGAAGAUUUUAAAAACCGACACUGAACCUAUAAAUACGUGGACCCCCAAACCAAAUUUCUUCGAGCAAUCUUCAGAUGACAUUUGGAGAGCUUGUUGCAAAACUGUGAAGGCUGUCACGGAAAAUAUUUCACCGGCCUGUGUGAAAGGAGUUGGUGUGGAUGCCACAUGUUCAUUAGUUGUUGUUGAUAAGGAAGGUAAACCAUUAUCUGUCAGUCCUACAGGAAAUAAUGAACAGAAUAUUAUUUUAUGGAUGGAUCAUCGAGCUAAUGAUGAAGCUGCUUUCAUUAAUUAUUUAAAUAAUCCUGUUCUCAAAUAUGUUGGUGGAAAAAUAUCGCUGGAAAUGGAAACACCAAAAUUAUUGUGGCUGAAGAGAAAUUUAAAAGAACAAUGCUGGGAUAAAGCUGGAUAUUUUUUUGAUCUGCCAGAUUUUCUUACUUGGAAAGCAACAGGAUCUCAGUCAAGGUCUCUUUGUUCGUUAGUGUGCAAAUGGACAUAUGAAGCUGAAGAAAAGAAGCAAAAUGGAUGGAGUAGCAAAUACUUUGAUGAUAUUAGUUUAGGUGAUCUGAAGCACAAUAACUGGGAGAAAAUCGGUUCCAAAGUCUUGGCCCCAGGUGAUCCAUGUGGUGAUGGUCUAACUGCAACUGCUGCCAAUGAACUGGGAUUACUUCCUGGUACACCUGUGGGAACAUCUAUUAUUGAUGCUCAUGCUGGAGGGGUUGGAAUGUUAGGAUGCUCAGCUGCUGGAGUUUCCGCAGAAUUUCACACAAGACUUGGAUUAAUUUGCGGAACAUCAACCUGUCAUAUGGCAAUUAGUAAAAAUCCCCAUUUUGUUCAAGGAGUGUGGGGUCCCUAUUAUAGUGCAAUGGUCCCAGGAUAUUGGCUCAAUGAAGGUGGCCAGAGUGCUACAGGAAAAUUAAUAGAUCAUGUCAUAGAUUCACAUCCAGCUAGUGCCAAUAUCAUGCAGAAAAUCGGAAAUGAAAUGCAUAUCCAAACAUAUUUAAGUAAUUUGCUGAAAGAUCUGGCAAAAAAGAAAGGCUUGGAAUCUCCUGCUUAUUUAACUUCUGAUAUUCAUGUUUGGCCAGAUUUCCAUGGCAACCGUUCUCCACUAGCAGAUCCAUCUCUUCUAGGAAUGCAUCCUCUUCCUAUGGCUUUCCUGGCUGUUGGGUUUUGUACUGCUGUGGCUACAUUUCCUGGGUUCACUUCAGGUGGUGAACAUGGUGGUAGUUGAUCAUCUCUGAGUGGAAGCAUGCUUGGGUUGGUGAUUCAUUAUGAGGUUUCUGGUUUGAGUCUCUCGUCUGAUGAAGAAAGCCUAGCCAUCCUCUAUUUGGCAACCGUACAAGCCUUAGCUUAUGGAACUCAACAUAUAAUAGAAGUACUUCGUGCAUCUGGUUAUGCUGACUUUCAAUCAAUAUUAAUUUGUGGAGGGCUCAGCAGUAAUCCACUUUUUGUGCAAACACAAGCAGAUGUGGUAGGAAUGCCUGUACUUUGUCCCCAUGAAGCUGAAUCCGUUUUACUCGGAGCAGCUAUUCUGGGUGCAUGUGCUGCUGGUGAAUUUUCCAAUAUCCAGGCUGCUAUUGUUGGAAUGGGAGGAAAAGCAAAUGUAGUUCAACCAAACCCUGAAGAUCACAGGUAUCAUAAGAAGAAAUAUAAAGUAUUUUUGAAGAUGGUAGAAGAUCAAAAGACAUAUAAAGAAAUAAUGGCAUAAAAGCUGAGAUUAUUGUGGAAUUAUAUUGUUAUGCUGUUUUGUAGAUGCAUUUAUUUUUUGUGUUGACCGAAAUACUCGUAUUUUUUUAUAAACAAAUGUUAAUAAUAAUUGUUAUUUUAACAUUCCAUUGAAAUGAAAAAAUAAAACUGUUUAUUAGAUAUGCUAGUUUAUU